AUGAAUUUUACAACGAGAUUAUUCAAACGAUUUGUAGUAACUCAGAGAAAGAGGAGAGUGCAAAUUUGUUUAAAUACAGUAGUUUCAUAUAUUAAGCAUUUUCUAUUCCAUGCAUCGACCCAAUGGAGUUCUCCAAAACAUUUCAUUUCUGUUUCAAAUGAAUGUAUUAAAAUAAUUAGUAAUCAAAUAAAAAGUGACAUAAAUUUACAGAGUCACGUUUCGAAAAAAAAGUUUAAGCGGAUACUGAACUUUUUGGAAAUGUCGAGAAAUACUGUUCGAAGUGGAAUGAAAAAGUACGAAAAAUUCAACAAGGAAAGAAUUACAGAACAAAAGUAUGAAAACUUGUAUCAAGAAUUUGUAUUGUUUUCAUCAUCGAAUGGAGACUACUUAAAGAUCAAAAGACUGUAUGAUGAUAUUGAAAAUGUCAAUGAAAAAAAUUAUCCCUUUUUGGAUUUGACUAUAUCCGUCUUGUUUGGGCUUUAUUAG